AGACAGUUUAGUUAAAAAACAACGGUAUCUGUGCCAUUUCAGUUAGAACGAAAUAUAUAAGAGAGCUAUUCGCAUCUCAUUGGCGAUAUGUCUCUGCCACUGCUGUGUACAACUAGGCUACAUGUUGAUGUUGCGAUCUCUACUGGAGAAGGCUCCGCUGUAUUCCACAUAUUGUUAUCCUAAUUUCGUUUUCCAUAUGUUUUGAGCGAGGCACUUCUUGAGAUUCGCCAUCCCUCCGCUUGUCAGCGGGUUCUCACAACUGACCUGCUACUACACACAGUCUGCUAGCGUUUUCUCGUGGUGGGCACUCGGCAGAUAUAACUGUGCUUGCUCUCAGCGUUGCAAGGAGGUGAAUCAAUUUGAGGGAGAGAGAGAGAGAGAGAGCGGGAGAGAGAGAGAGAGGGCGGGUUGGCGAGGAAGAGCAAGGGAGAAGGAGAGAGACAGGGGAGAGAACACAUCGACUCUACGCCGCUGCCGUUUGGGGGAUAUAUUUGUGAGGGCAAAAGUAACAGGCGUGACACCGACGACCCACUCGGAUCCACCUGUUAAUCGGAGCAGCUGUUACUGUAUGUACUGAGGAGAUAAACGGGGAAGAAAGAAAAAGAAUGAAACAUUAAAGAAGGACGUAUCUUCGGAAUUCUCGAAGAUUGCCAGAAUCCCUCUCUGAAUUUUCCCGCACCCUUCGAAAACAAGCAGGGUCAUGACCCAGUUGCCAUGCGCAUCACCACGGUGACCGGCCUUUCCAGCCCCUCCCCCCUCCUCCUAUUGGCCCAGCUGCUCUUGUGGCUCCUCCCCUUCGGCCUAGACACAGCAGAGGCCGCCUCCACAAACUGUCCCUCCCCUUGCCAAUGCUCCAAUCAGGCGAGCCGAGUGAUCUGUACCAGACGGAACCUGGCUGAGGUGCCAGACAGUAUAUCAGUCAACACACGAUACCUCAACCUGCAGGAGAACUCGAUAAAGGUGAUCAAAUCGGAGACGUUCAAGAACCUGCGGCACCUGGAGAUUCUUCAGCUCUCCAAGAAUCAGAUCAGCCAGAUCGAAGUGGGCGCUUUCAAUGGCCUCCCCAACCUCAACACCCUGGAGCUGUUCGACAACAAGCUCACGCAGGUGCCGUCGGCGGCCUUCGAGUACCUCAGCAAACUCCGCGAGCUCUGGCUCCGCAACAACCCUAUCGAGACGCUCCCGGCGUACGUCUUCAACCGCGUGCCGUCGCUGCGGCGGCUGGACCUGGGCGAGCUCAAGAAGCUGGAGCACAUCUCGGAGGCGGCCUUCGUGGGCCUGGACAACCUGCGCUACCUGAACCUGGGCAUGUGCGGCCUGAAGGACAUCCCCAACCUGACGCCCCUGGGCCGGCUGGAGGAGCUGGAGCUGUCGGGCAACCGGUUGGAGAUCAUCCGCCCGGGCUCCUUCCAAGGCUUGGUCUCGGUACGCAAGCUGUGGCUCAUGCACUCGCAGAUGUCGGUGAUCGAGCGCAACGCCUUCGACGACCUGAAGAACCUGGAGGAGCUCAACCUGUCGCACAACUCGCUGCACUCGCUGCCGCACGACCUGUUCACGCCGCUGCCCAAGCUGGAGCGCGUGCACCUCAACCACAACCCGUGGGUGUGCAACUGUGACGUGCUGUGGCUCAGCUGGUGGCUCAAGGAGACGGUGCCGAGCAACACCACCUGCUGCGCCCGCUGCCACGCUCCUCCGGGCCUGCGGGGGCGCUACAUCGGCGAGCUGGACCAGCGCCACUUCACGUGCUUCGCGCCGGUGAUUGUGGAGCCGCCCGUCGACCUGAAUGUGACAGAGGGCAUGGCGGCCGAGCUGAAGUGCCGCACCAGCACGUCAAUGACGUCGGUGAACUGGUUCAUGCCCAACGGCACGCUGAUGACGCACGGCUCGUACAAGGUGCGCAUCUCGGUGCUCCACGACGGCACGCUCAACUUCACCAACGUGACGCUACGCGACACUGGGCCGUACACGUGCGUGGUGAGCAACACGGCCGGCAAUACCACCGCCACGGCCUUGCUCAACGUCACCGCCGCCGGGCCCAGCGACAACUAUACCUACUUCACCACGGUCACCGUGGAAACCGUGGACAGGGACGAGGAUGACCUGGUGAACCGGUCAAAAUCACCCGCACUGCGCAACCACAACCAAACCAUAAUCCGCUUCCCGGGCCCCACGCCCUCCUGGGGCCUGGUACCCACCACAGCCUCUUCGCUGUCCUGGUCGGCCUCGUCCACCCGGGGCACCUUCACCGUGCCCGUCACGAUGGACCCCACCUACUCGGGCCUGGACGACGUGAUGAAGACCACCAAGAUCAUCAUCGGCUGCUUCGUGGCCAUCACCUUCAUGGCGGCCGUCAUGUUGGUGGUCUUCUACAAGCUGCGCAAGCAGCACCAGCUUCACAAGCACCACGGCCCCGCCCGAGCCAUCGAGAUCAUCAAUGUGGAGGACGAGGUGGGCGCCUCCUGUGCCGGCGUGCGGGGAAGCGGCAUCUCCGGCGGCACCACCAUGAGCCAGGGCUCCGUCGGCGGGAGUGGAACCUGCGGUGGAGGAGGAGGCGGCGGUGGAGGAGGAGGACUAGGAGGAAUAGGAGGGAGCCAGAGCCUGCGGCUGCACCACCCGGAGAUCGUCAACCUGCCCAACCUGGCACGGGCAGAGCACCUGAACCAUUACUACAAGGCGCACCACUUCAACAACAACAUGCUGGGCCUGGGCCUUGGCGGCAUGAGCUCAGGAAUGGGCCUCAUCAACAACAACAACAACCCCUCGCCCUGCUCCCAGGGGGGGCCGCCGCCGCCGGGCUCCGGCCCCAUGUCCUGCUCGCAGAUGCCCAUGUCGAUGGGCAGCGGCACGGCCACGUUGGGCUCGCUGCCAACGCCGGUGCCCCUGCCCCAGCUGAGCAUCCACGGCUCGCUGAAGGGCCUGAUGGGAAAAGGGCAAAACUCUCAGAUCGAGCCCCUGCUCUUCAAGAGUGGCUCCAAGGAGAAUGUGCAAGAGACUCAGAUCUGAGACAGAGAGAAAGCAAAAAAAGAGAGAAUGAGAGAGAGGGAGGAAGAGAGAGAGAGAGAGAGAGAGGGGGAAAGGGCAAAGAGGUCAGUCAGGUAAACACACUAGGUAGUUUUUUUUUUUUUAUCAGCUCGAGCUCUUGACCCCCGUGGGUAGGUUUGAAAGGGCAGAUGUGUGAGUGGCCGUCGCUGUGUACAGACACGAGUAAGACACUGUUGUGAGUGGUCACAAACACUUUCACACAGAGUGGGAGAGAGAAAGGGAGAGAGACAGCCACAGUGACAUACAGCAUCAGGAAUGGCACUCGCAACGUAGCUCUGCUCCACACACACACACACACACACACGCGCAACGAAAUCGGUGCCGUCAGCAACAGCAAGGUACACACACGUAGACACACAAACACACAAACAGAAACACAGCACAGUAACAACCAGCACAUGGAAAAAAUGACGACACUGACAUCGACGUGCCAAACCCACACCGACCUGUGCCAAAGUGCAGCUGCUGCUGCAGCGCCAUCUAAGUCACCAACAAACGGCAGACAUAUGUACUAUACAGUAAUGAGUAGAGCGUCUGCCGAUUCUGUACAAACCAGGCCAUGGAUGUAAACAAACAUUUGCCAAUCCGAGUUAGAUUCAAAUGAAGCCCAUGGCACUGAGAGUCUUGAAGUAUUUGUACAGAUAUUUCAGAGCUGUACUGAGUCAAAAGGGUAUAUAGAUGUAACAGAGUUGGAGGUUUUUGUUUUAUUUACACAGAGUAAGGCAUAUCAGUGUUUCUGCAAGGCUUUAUAUUGUUGAGCCAAGCAGUUGAUGGAAGUCCAGACGAGAACAACUAGGCUUAAUGCAGAGCUGUGGUGCCACUCACAGUGCCAUAUUGUUUGAGAUGACAGACUGGAGAUGUCAGAAAGAGGGAGGAUAUAUUUUAGGAGAUGUUUAAGUAAAUGGACAUGCUCUACCUCUCUCUCUUCUGUUGGUGCUUUGUAGGAGUGAGAGGGAUCGCCCCCCACCCCCACCCCCACACCUCCAAUCGAAAUAUCAAAGAACAUAUGGAAUGGCAAAAAAGACAGUGGAAUAUAUUAAAAAAACAACAAAAAAUAUAUUAAAAAAUAACAAUUGCAUAACUGUGAAAUUUCACAAUAUAUAAAUAUAUUUUCAUUCAAAGAAAUAAAUAACAAGAAAUCUUUAACAAUUUUGAGACUGGAAGCCAAGGCUUUUGAGAAGUAUAGAGCUGCUGUUGUAGCGUUUAUCACUAUGAUGAACCUUUACUCUGGCUUAAAAAAAAAACUCACAUAGAAAAAAAACGACCACCUUUUCUCCUUUCUCUGUGAAACUUGGGCCGUAGCGGACAGCUGGAAGGGAAACCAUGAACUCUGGGAAAUUGUGUUCGAAUAAAAUGUUAGUUUGGUUUUUAUUUUUCGUUUUUUUGUAGUCUGAAAAAGCUUUCCCCCUCCUGUUGUGUUGACAUAAACAGGGUCAUUGGAGAGGAGUAAUAUUUGAUAUUUGUUCUCCAUUUGUUGCGGUGAAAAUGUAAUUGAUGACGUAUAAUACUAUGAUAUAAUGAACCGUUCUCGUCCACCGAUUUCCAUAUAUGUAACAGUUCACUGUCAAUGAUGAUAAUAAUGAGAAUAAUAGUUACAUUAUUCCUAUUUUCAAUAAUUACCCUGAGCUAAG